GCUGAGAGUGUAUUAUUAGAAUAGCGACACACUCCCGGGCUCACACUGCAAGCAUGGCUGGCGACAGCGAAACACAUCUUAAGGACAGAGCGGAGGACGGCCACAGCAUCCGACAGCCGUUCCUCAUCGGUGUGGCCGGAGGCACCGCCAGCGGAAAGUCUUCAGUAUGUGAGAAGAUCAUGGAGCUGCUGGGACAGAAUAAGAUUGACCGUCACCAGCGGCAGGUGGUCAUCCUCAGUCAAGACAGCUUUUACAGGGAGCUCACGCCUGAACAGAAAGCCAAAGCGCUCAAGGGCCAGUUCAACUCCGAUCACCCAGAUGCUUUCGACAACGAGCUGGUCAUGAAGACUCUGCGUGACAUCAUUCAGGGGGAGACCGUGCACAUCCCGGUGUAUGACUUUGUUACCCAUUCCAGGAAGGAUGAGUUCGUGACCGUGUAUCCAGCGGAUGUGGUUCUCUUUGAGGGGAUUCUCAUGUUCUACUCGCAGGAUAUUCGAGAUCUGUUCCAAAUGAAGCUGUUCGUGGACACAGACCCAGACACGCGUCUCUCGAGAAGAGUGUUGCGGGACAUCAGCGAGAGAGGCCGAGAGUUGGAGCAGGUUCUGAACCAGUACAUCACCUUCGUGAAGCCAGCCUUUGAGGAGUUCUGUCUCCCUACCAAAAAGUACGCAGACGUCAUCAUCCCCCGAGGAGCAGACAAUCUCGUGGCUAUUAACCUGAUUGUGCAGCAUAUCCAGGAUAUCCUGAACGGAGGAUUCACCAAACGACAGAGCGGUUUUCAGAACGGCCAUGGAACCCCAAGACAAAGACGGCCCUCGGAGUCGAGUCGACCCCACUGACCUUACUGUGGCCCUUCCCUCCAUUGAGGAGAGGGCAGAACUGAAUAAUCGCAGUGUACAUCCCAUUCAUCCAAUGACAAUGAGGGGAUGCAGGAGCUGAAAUGCCUUUUGUUAUUGUCAUUAUUAUUUGAAUUUUACAUUUGAAAUGUUGUUGUCGUCGUCUUGGAUAAUUGUUUGCCGUUACAGGGUUUUGAAUGUGCUAUAUGUUUGAUUGCACUCUCAGCCUGUCCUGUCAGCAUGUCUAUAUGCUUUCUUAGCUACCCAAAAAAUAAAUGAAUAGUUUGGAAA